AUGACCCAGGACAAGGACGGCAAUUCUGAAUACGGCACGCGCCCUGACCCUGCGUUUGCAAACGAGGACGGCCGCCUCUCCUUCCGCUUCGACUCCGAGAUCCUCUACAUCGAAGCAUGGGGUGCCAACUCCCUUCGCAUCCGGGCGUCCUGUCUCGCCUCGCUCCCAGAGCGUGAAUGGGCACUGACAGAGAAGACGACCGGCAACAAACCUGCCGUCACAAUCAAGGGGAACACCGCCAGCAUCACCAAUGGCAAGAUACGCGCCGACAUCUCCCGGCGCGGGAAGAUCGUGGUGAGCAACGCCGAGACGGGCAAGGUCCUCCUCGAAGAGUUCGCUCGGCACAGACUCGAUAUCCUCGACCCCAAGUGCAGCUCGCUGCGGAUUCAGGCCCGUGAGUGGAAGCCCAGACUCGGCUCGCCGGACUACCACCUCACGAUGCGCUUCGAGUCCCAAGAUCCGUCGGAGCGGAUCUACGGCAUGGGUCAGUACCAGCAGCCGUUCAUGAACCUCAAGGGCGCCGAUGUCGAGUUGGCGCAGCGCAACUCCCAGGCCACAGUGCCCUUUGCCUUGUCGAGCUUGGGGUAUGGCUUCUUGUGGAAUAACCCCGGUAUCGGCCGCGCUGUCUUCAGCACACUCACGACAACCUUUGAAGCAUACUCGACUGACAUGCUCGAUUAUUGGGUGACGGCUGGUGAUACCCCAGGUGAGAUUGUGCGCGCAUAUACCGGAGUGACCGGCCGCGUUCCCAAGAUGCCCGAAUACGGCCUUGGGUUCUGGCAGUGCAAGCUGCGAUACCAGACGCAGGAAGAGCUUCUCGAGGUCGCUCGCGAGUACAAGCGCCGCAACCUGCCUAUUGACUUGAUUGUGUGCGACUACUUCCACUGGCCGAAUCAGGGUGAUUGGAAAUUCGAUCCUACCUUCUGGCCGGAUCCUGAUGCCAUGGUCAAGGAGCUCAAGGACAUGAAUAUUGAGCUCAUGGUCUCCAUCUGGCCCACUGUGGAGAAGACUUCGGAGAACUACGACGAGAUGUUGCGCCGCGGCUUGCUGAUCCGUCAAGAUCGCGGUAUCCGGGCCGCCAUGGAGGGUCGCGGCUACGCGAUCCACUACGACGCCACGAACCCGGACGCAAGGAAGUUUGUCUGGGAGGCGGCCAAGCGUAACUACCACGACAAGGGCAUCAAGGUGUUCUGGCUCGACGAAGCAGAGCCCGAGUACUCCGUGUACGACUUUGACAUUUACCGGUACCACGCUGGCCCCAAUCUGAGCGUCGGCAACAUGUUCCCCUCGGAUUACACCAAGGGUUUCUAUGAAGGGAUGAGGGAAACUGGCCAGGAGGAGAUUGUCAGUCUGGUGCGGUGCGCCUGGGCCGGCGCUCAAAAGUACGGCGCCUUGGUCUGGUCGGGCGACAUUGCCUCGAGCUGGGGCAGCUUCCGCAACCAGCUCUCCGCCGGGCUGAACAUGGGUCUAGCCGGGUUUGCGUGGUUCACCACGGACAUUGGUGGCUUUCAUGGCGGCGACCCCGACGAGCCCGCGUUCCGGGAGCUGCUCGUCCGCUGGUUCCAGUGGGGUGCGUACUGCCCCGUGAUGCGACUCCACGGCGAUCGCGAGCCGAAGCAGCCCCGUCAUGGGACGACGGGCGGCAGCUUCUGCCUCUCGGGUGGCCCCAAUGAGGUCUGGUCCUACGGCGACGAGGUGUACACGAUCUGCGAGAAGUACAUGCGCAUCCGCGAGGCGAUGCGCGAUUAUACGCGUGCGCUGAUGAAGGACGCGCAUGAAAAGGGGGAUCCGCUCAUGCGACCCUGCUUCUACGACUUCCCCCAGGAUGACAAGUGCUGGAAGCUGGAGGAUCAGUACAUGUACGGUCCCAAGUACCUCGUCGCCCCUGUGAUGGCUCCUCAGCAGAAGAAGAGGGAAGUGUACCUGCCUGGCGAGGGUCUUAAGUGGAAGGGAACCGAUGGAGCCGAGUAUGAGGGCGGUAAGACGGUGACUGUGGACACGCCGCUGGAUACCAUGCCUGUGUUUGAGAGACUGUAA